UAUUUAUUAAAUUAAAUAUCUUUCCCACCAUUACGAUUUCAUCUUUUCUUCAACCCCUCCAAAUCUUCCUUCUGAUUCACUCCCUCACUCCUUCUCCUCUAGGGUUCUGUUUUUGUUUCGAUUCUUCGUCCAUGCACACUCUCCCACAUUGUGUUGCGCUUCUCCGACUCUGAAUUUUCGCCAAAACGACGUCGUUUCAUGGCUCCCUGUGCGGCUGCGGCGGAGUUUCCGGUGGGUCUCCGGGUUCUUGUGGUCGACGACGACGCCACCACGUUGAAGAUUAUCGAGCAAAUGUCCAUUCGCUGCCGUUACCGCGUUACCACAUGCACUGAGGCUACUGUGGCUUUGAAUCUUCUGCGGGAAAGGAAAGGUUGUUUUGAUGUGGUGCUGAGUGAUGUUCAUAUGCCAGACAUGGAUGGCUAUAAACUCCUUGAACAUGUUGGGCUGGAAAUGGACCUUCCCGUAAUUAUGAUGUCUGGUGAUAGUACUACAAGUGCUGUCAUGAAGGGAAUCAGGCAUGGGGCUUGUGAUUAUUUGAUUAAGCCUGUACGUGAGGAAGAACUAAGGAAUAUAUGGCAGCAUGUUGUUCGGAAAUUCUGGAAUGACAAUAAAGAACUGGAUAAUUCUGGCAGCAUGGAGGACAGUGAUCGAAAUAAAUGGGGGAAUGAUGACGCUGAAUAUACUUCUUCUGUUGCUGAUGCAGCAGAAGUAGUUAAAGCACCAAAAAAGAGGAGCAGUUUAAAAGAAGAAGAUAUUGAAUUGGAGAGUGAUGAUCCAGCUACAUCUAAGAAGCCCCGUGUAGUGUGGUCAGUAGAACUGCAUCAACAAUUUGUCAGUGCUGUGAAUCAACUUGGGCUUGACAAGGCUGUGCCAAAGAGAAUACUUGAAUUGAUGAAUGUCCCUGGUUUGACAAGAGAAAAUGUUGCAAGUCAUUUGCAGAAAUUUAGACUUUACUUGAAGCGAUUAAGUGGAGUGGCACAGCAACAGAAUGGGAUGCUAAAUGCAAUUCCAGGGACUAUAGAAUCCAAGCUGGGUGCUACUGGAAGAUUUGACAUACAAGCUUUGGCUGCUGCUGGCCAUGUUCCCCCUGAAACACUUGCAGCCCUUCAUGCUGAGCUCUUAGGUCACCCGGCAACUCACAUGAUGUCUACAGUGGACCAGACUACCCUACUGCAAGCAUCGAUACAGGGGCUAAAACAUUCCCAUGCUGAACAUGCUGUGGCGUAUGGUCAGCCUCUUGUAAAGUGUCAUUCCAACAUUGGCAAGAAUUUCUCUCCAUCUAUCUUAACUGUAAAUGAUACGUCAUCAGGAUAUGGUACAUGGCCAUCAUCUAAUAAUACAAUUGGUUUAGUGAGACCCAAUAGUAGUGUUGAAAGGGUGGGUAUUCAGAAUAACAACAUGCUGAUGGAUAUAUUAGAGCACCAACAAAGCCAGCAGCACCAGCAAAAGCAACAGCUGCAGCAGCAGUCACUGAUACAUGAUCAAAGUUGUUCAAUCAAUGUUCAACCAUCUUGCAUGGUGGUUCCCUCUCAAUCCUCUGACACUUUCCAGGCAGUAAAUAGUCCUGCUUCUGUCAACCAGGAUUUCAGUUUUGCCAGGAAUGCCAUUAUUGAUUAUAGUCUAUUGUCACAAAAAUCAAAGAAUUCAUUUAGUGCAUCUCAAUUUCCUGGUGGGGACACAAAAGCUCGAGGUGUUCUCUAUGGGUAUUCUACACCCUCCACUUGUUCAACAAGCUCCAGCAAUGGCAAUAGACAACAGCUUCAAAACUCCACUUUAACAUUUGGUGCUGCAAGACCUUUGCCUAGUCUUUUGCCCAUGUCUGACAGAAAAGAUCCCUAUGGUUUUAAAUCAGGUGAUUUACUUGAUCAAGUAUGCUUUAGGAAUCUUGGGUUUGUUGGCAAAGGUACCUGCAUUCCGAGUAGGUUUGUAGAAAAUGAAAUUGAGUCAUCUGUAAGUGAUUUUAGUCAAAUGAAAGUCAAUGUAGAUAGCAGUGGCAACACACGGAAUCAGGAGCCAAAUUUUAUAAAUAUUCCAAAAGUGAGCCACCCUAUCAUAGAAAGAUAUCCAUCUCGUGAUCAUUCACGUGUGUUCACUGAAUAGGUUCAAAUAUUUGUUGAGAAGGCCUUUCUAUACAGGUACAGAGUCAGUAGUAGUAGUAAUCCUUUAGAGUCUGUCUUCAUUGGGCUCUACAAUGCACCAAAGAAUCGAUGGGAAGGCCUUUCCAUAAAGGUACAGAUUGUUUCCUCGCUUCAUUCUCUUGGACAGUAACUGUAGUUAGUUUUUGUCUUCAUGGAGCUCUACAAGACCUGUGUAUAGAGCCCCAUGAAAACUGACUCUGUAGUCUGCAUUACUUCUAAAAACUGAAGAGGAAACAAUGUGUAAAAUUAUGAAAGACCUUCUCACCAAUUAUUUGGUGCAUUGUAGUGCCCAAGGAAGACUGACUCUGUAUAAAGGAUUAGUAUCUAUAGGUGUUCGUUUGCUCGUUAGUAGCUGCACAUGUAUCUAGGGAUGUUCUAUAAUCUAUAAACUAGUUUGUAGGGAAGUAAAAUCUUCUGCUAACUUCUACUGUUUGAAUUGAUGGCUUGUUGCCAUCAAAAUUUUAUCUAGGGAUUCUUUGUUUGUAAUGUUAAACACUUGGUAGUUAUCCAUUAUGAAAGUUGUCCAAGUUGUAUGGUGUCUAAUCGUACUUUUGUAUGUCGUAUUAACUGCUUAUAGCUGUUAGUUGAGACUUGAGACUCGUCAUAUUUAGGGACAAUUACAAUGUUUACCCUUAUUUGUUUCCCUUA